UUGUAUGUCUCUCGCCUAAGUUGGAGUAUCCGUAGGAUUCGUUCUAUGCUGUUGAGAAGCAGCUCCGUCGCAUCCAUCCAUCCAUUCUGCAUUCUGAUCUAGUUCAUACAUUCAUACAUUCGCUCAUUCAUUGUUCUUGUUAUUUUUCCCCUUCUCCCCUUUUCUUUUUUGCCCUUCGCUGUGAAAAUCUUUUUUUGGCCUUUCUUCAGCCUGUCGGCGUUUACUCCGGUCGUCCUCGCCGGUUUCCUGCAAAACAACUCCCGUCAACAACAUCGCCAACCGCAUAAGUAGUAUACGGAUACGCACCCCGCCAACAUAUCCGACCUGUCUAUCCCCCGGAUUCCCCCGCCCCUUCUCUACACCACACCGUUAAACGACGCACCGCGAAACCAUGGCCGACGCGGACCCGCCCCAAGCCACCCCGGGCUCAGCCGAUGACUAUCGCGGGGACCAGUUUCUCGCCUUCCUCAUCGUCAUGACGGUCAUCACAACGGCGUCCAUUAUCUUGAGAUUCGUGUCGCGAGGCUUGGGAAAGACCGGCAAUCGGUUUUGGUGGGAUGACUGGACUGCUCUGUUUGCUGUGCCUUUCAUUUACGCCCAGUUAGGCUUGUCGUUUGCCAUGCUUAACUACGGUCUCGGAUACCAUAUGUGGGUUGUCAUGGACAAGCUCCCGACAUUCAUGAAACUCUUGUUCUCCGUAUAUUUCGUCUACGACGUCGCCCUCUUUGUCACCAAAGAGUCUGCUCUGCUGUUCUUCUCCCGCAUCUUCCCCAAGCGCAACAAUUCCGCCUGGUGGAACUGGGCCCUCUGGAUUACGCAUGGGAUCAACGCCGCGUGGCUCAUCGGCAUCAUUUUCGGCACCAUCUUCAUGUGCGACCCUGUCGAGAAAGGCUGGAACCCCAUGAUCCCGGGCACAUGUGGCGAGAAUUCCGCCCUCUGGCUUGGAAGCGCCGUCCCCAGCGUUGUCAUCGACCUUCUCAUCCUGCUCUUGCCUCUGCCUAAGAUUUGGGGGCUUCAACUGAGCACGGCCCGUAAGACCGGUGUUACCCUCGUCUUCGUCUUGGGUUAUUGCGUCAUUAUUGUGUCUCUCGGCCGCUUGAUCACCCUUCUGACCAAUAUAGACGGCUUGAAUACUGAUGUUACCUACGAAAUCGUUCCCGUCAGCAUGUGGGUCUCCGCCGAAGCCCCCGUCACCCUCCUCUGCAUCUGCCUCCCCGCCAUGUUGCCCCUCGGCAAGCACAUCGUGAAGACGUACUUCUCGCGCUGGAUCAGCCAGGUCACGUCGUUCGUCAGCACAAAAGGCCCCAAUACCCGUGGCGGCACCCUGCGCAGCAAGACCGGCAACUUCACCUCCACCACCGCCCCCGGCUCCUAUGACAUGCACAUGCGCACCGGCAAGUCGUCGCGGAGCACGUUCGGCGGCCCAGGCGACCGCGACAGCGUCAACUCGGACCGCAGCAACCGUGGGAUCCUACCCAUGAGGGAGCAUACGGCAUGUGCGCUCGGUGAGCCGGGGGUGUUCAGGGAAGAUAUGCCAAGCCGGGCUAUUCGCGUGGACAAUGAGAUCGUGGUCGACCGACGAUAUCCGUGAUGCGCAGAGAUGGAAAGGAAGGGAGGUUCUUGUGUCUUUUUGUUGCUGUACGAUUGGGCGACAGGGUGCCUGCCGGGAAAGGCGCUCUCGUCUGUACUUCUGUACUAGUUCUUUGGUCUAGGUAUUAUGAAUAGCCAGGCGUUCUUAAUUCCCCAUUUGGUUCUUGGGGUUCACGAUAUGUCUCGAUGGUCAUGGCGGUAAUGGUGUCAACCAAGAAGUACCUUAGUACCUUACCUUAUGGAAUUGAAUGUGGUC